AGAACACACCCGACGCAUCUGGUCCUGGUUGGUUUAGGUGCGCCUUGUGGCGCGACAGCUCGGGGGACAGGACGGUGUCGUCUAAUGCGUAGUAUGGACGCAAUUACCUCUGCUAAUCAGUUGACUAGUAAUGUGUCGUCGGAAGAAAUGGUGGAUGAACUGCUAAGUACAUUGCUUGGUGAAGUAUGCGAGAAAGAAGUUGAAUUUCUGCCUCUUCCCCGCUCCCAGCACGUUGACGUGUGUGAGACAGUGAGGCUUCACUCACCUCAGCACGUGCUGGGUGGCUACUGCGAGCGAGAUGGAGGCUUGGAGCUGCUACAGGUGGAGUGUGUGGACCAAAAGGCAUCGGGGUACUGUGGACAUUACUGCCUCUACCUCGCCAUUUUGUGCCUGCAGCUCUACCACUGUGUUAGUCAUGAUGAGGCCCUUGUUCUGCUGCAAAAGACGCGCUCAACCGUUCAGUUCUGGAGGAGGUACUGGGUGUCUAUUGGUAUACUGCUGGCUCACGUACGGGCCCAUCCAGAGGUCCUUUGGUGGCCUUGGACACAGCAUCACGUGAUGCUUGGCGAGAUGGAGAGGUCCUAUCUAGCUUAUCUCCUCACCUUUGAUCCUUCACUGACGGCAUUGGGUGGACGACAGAAGAUAUCUGUAGUUCAUUUUGCUUAUGGCUGUGUCCUGAACUCUACAGAAGAGAUUCUGAAACUGCAGGAGACAAUAGAGGAGCUACGAAAAACUCGUGGGCACCAUGUGUUUAUUCUGGGAGUCACGAAUCACUGGGUCACUCUCUACACCUACCACAGAACACAGUCAUGGUGCAGGGGAGCCCGGCUUGCCAUGCUCUACUGGGACUCUAACAAUUUGACUGUUCUUGGAGCUAGUGACAAUGACAUACACCAACUUGUUGAUAAGAAAGAGAAGGAAAGAAUGAGGGUAAAGGGUUGUGGGUAUACCUCUUGGAAGAAAGCUGUUUUCACGCAAGCUCUACGUGAUCAGCGAGACCUGGUGACUUUGCUUGCCAGAUGUAUCAGCGGACGGCAGCAGUUUGCACAGUGUGUAUUGUGUGGACACUGGAAUACGGUACUGAGCAGUUUUGAGGAACACAUGGUACGAGCCAAGUUAGAGGAGGAUAUUUUCUUGCCUUUACUGCUGCAGUGGCUGGAGACCCAGCACCAGCCCAGCAGCCUCAGAGACCACCAGGUGCACAUGAUGAGGGAGCUGGGGGCUGACUGCUUGAGUAAGGAGAUGCGGGCCAUGCUGGCAGAAUGGCUGCAGUAUUGUUUGAGCCGGCUGGCUGCUUAUCGUGGGGGCAUACCGCUAGUUGACUCAUUCUCAGCUGUGCUCCAACAGCUCAGACAGUUUUUUUGACAUCAGAAAUUUUACAUUGCGCAUGCGCGCUGAAGCUCGCAGGGAGCUCAGAAUUAAUUAUGGUGCGAAUUGGUCUGCAGCUGAAGGCGACGCUAGAGAAUGUGACGGCUCUUGGACCAGGGGAAGAGUUCCGUUGGUACAUGAAGGUACGUAUAUAGCUAGUGCCAAAGUGACGAGUGUACACUCGAGUGCAGUUACGGUGCGCAAACUGUGGGGAAACAACUCAGAAGUGGAUCUAUGCCACAACGCUGGAACUGAAGGAUGUGAAGGGAGGCAGAGGUAAGGCACAUCUGGUGGUAAAGUGCAAGCUGUGUGGCAGGGAAAACAAUUUGCAAAUACUGGAAGACCUGAUCAGACCUUACAGUGAGAGUGAAAAGUUUCAGACAAUAGUGGUUUUUGAAUGCCGUGGACUUGAGCCUGUGGAGUUUGAUCCCAGGGGAGGUUGGACAGCCGUAGGUGUUGACAGUGGUACAAAGUUCCUUGAUGUCGACCUGUCACAGAAGGAAUGGAGUGAUUAUGACGAGAGAGCACAGCAGCCAGUCAGCAUUCUGGACAUCAGUUCAAGAUUCAUUAAAAUAGCAAGGCCACCCCCCUGAGGAUCCAGUAGUCAGGGUUGGCUGCUUGGCCUGGGGAGGUGGGUGUACGAAGACUAACUGCCGUGAUGUAGAUGGUCGGAGGAGUUGACAGCAUAGAGGUGGAUCACAGGGAGAGGGGUGAAGAGGACUUUGGCAGGAGGUUCCAUGAGGCGACUGGUCUUGCGAUCCCAGCCUGCUCCGUCUAGGUACAGUCCGUACACAUAGACACCUUCAGGUGGUGGUUGCGAUACAUCCUCUCUCAUCAUACGAGUCACGUCGUUGUGAAGCAGCACCGAGUCAAGGGCCCAGCCCUUAUGAGCCCGAGUAACUUCCUGUCGCAUGGCUGUCAGGAAGCCCUGAGGAUUGAAGAACCCAGUCAUCCAGAAGACGUUGGGGCGAGCUUUGAACACCCAGGAUGAGAACUGGUUGUUGCGUUCCAGCAGCUCUGUGAACCAGAACCCAAGAGUAGAGGAUUCCCAUGAGAUCUGUCCAGACAAAAGGAAGCAUGAAAGGUGAGGCUGAGAAGUUAGAACAAACCUUUCUCCAUAUUUGUGGCACUUUAGCAUCAAAUAUGCUAUCAAGAGCAUCCCUCAAGUUCUGUGGAUUGCUCACUAACGUGAUAAGACAUGCAUGUUGUUGACACUAACCAACCUGACUCAUGAUAAUAGUUCCUUCAAUUGCUAGCUGCAAGUCUUGCAGAGUGGAGUGCACAAGACCGAGCACUCGCUGCAUGCGGUCAACCUCCUGCCGCAGGAAGAUGUUCAUACUUGACAAGAUUCCCAUCUUCUGCAGUCUAGCUUUGACCUGAACAGAGUUGAGUGUGUGAAUGUGUGUGUGUGUGUAUAGAA